AUGCGACGGGUCGUAGUGACUGGUCUCGGUGCCAUCACCCCACUCGGCGUUGGCGUCAAGCACACCUGGACGCGACUGCUGGCGGCCGAGUCGGGCAUCACCAGCGUUGCCCAUUAUGAACCACAGCGGCGAUGGAAGGGCCUCACCAGCACGGUGGCCGGGGUCGUGCCAAAGACAACCGCGGAAUCGGGCACUGGUAAAGAUGAUGGCCUGUGGCAUCCCAACGACUGGCUGACAGCUACGGACCAAAGACGCAUGUCGCUGUUUUCCCAGUAUGCCUCCGCAGCUGCCGAAAUGGCCUUGGAAGACGCAGCGUGGAAGCCCACCUCGCAGCACGAUCUCGAGGCCACUGGUGUCUGCAUUGGGAGUGGAAUAGGCAACCUCGAGGAGCUUUUCGACACUACCCUGGCCUUUGAAGAAUCCGGCUAUCGAAAAGUGACACCUCUAUUUGUACCAAAGAUUCUGAUCAACCUCGCUGCUGGUCUCGUCUCAAUGAAGUACGGCUUUCAGGGACCAAACCACGCAGCCACCACAGCAUGCACCACUGGCGCCCAUUCUGUUGGUGACGCCUCGCGGUUCAUAGCCUUUGGAGAUGCCGACGUCAUGGUUGCAGGCGGUUCGGAGGCUUGUAUUCACCCUUUAACACUGGCAGGCUUUGGCCGUUCGAGGUCCCUCUCUACUGCUUUCAACCGCGAUCCUCCCUCGAGCUGCCGGCCGUUCGACAGCCAGCGAAAUGGUUUUGUCGUUGCAGAGGGCGCGGCAGUGCUCGUGCUCGAGGAGCUUGAACAUGCCAAGACUCGAGGAGCCCGCAUAUACGCGGAGCUUUCGGGGUACGGGUGCAGUGGCGACGCUUACCACAUGACUGCACCGCGAGAGGACGGAUCAGGGGCUGCCCUCGCAAUGAGGCGAGCUCUGAAGCACGCACGAGUCAAACCUGGGCAGGUUGAUUAUGUCAAUGCUCACGCCACUUCCACCGUUGUAGGUGACGCCGCAGAGGCUCUUGCAAUACAAUCGAUCAUGUCUGGACCCGAGGGGUACACAAAUGAGAAGGAUGUGACGGUUAGCAGCACCAAGGGCGCACUGGGUCAUCUUCUGGGUGCAGCUGGGGCCAUAGAAGCUCUCUUUACUGUUUUGGCAGUAUCCGAGAAUCAUGUCCCUCCGACGUUGAACUUGCACGAUCCUAAUAUUGUGCCGAAAUUCAACCUCGUCCCCCUUGAAGCCCAGGAGAAACAGGUCAGCGUGGCCAUGUCAAAUAGCUUUGGCUUUGGGGGUACCAAUGCCUCCCUCGUGUUCUCCAAGCUGAGGUAGACUGGGACGAGAUCUGGUGUAGGAGUCGUCAGCAACACACCAGGAGAUUUAACGUGAUUUACUGUGUAAAAUAUCAUAUCUAAGCUCCUAUGCCAUGAAAGCCGAGAUCACGAACAUAGACAUGUAAUAUAGAUAUCAAGAUAUAGCUCAAAGAAAGACCAGUAACCAUGAAGACGUCUGGUACAUUAACUUGACCGGACCGAGAGC